AUGGAUUCGCCAAAUUCUCCGAAUCCAUACGACAAUAUGAGUCUAGAGUAUAUCAUAAUUGCAGAGUGUACUGACGAUCAUGAUGAUCGAUAUUUCAAAGCGCUCGUGGAUGGGGGUAGCUCAACAAGAAAAGGAAGAAAGAGAGCCCACAUUGAUAGGGGUCAUGUAGAAGGACACCAACGUUUGUUCGAUGACUACUUUUAUGAUGAACCGGUGUUUGAUGCAGUCGGUAGAAGGGGGCUUUCGCCAUUACAGAAGUGCACCGUUGCUAUGCGAAUGUUGGCAUAUGGAACGCCUGCCGAUUAUGUUGAUGAGUAUGUUCGAAUUGGUGAAACCACUGCUAUUGAAUGUCUAGUCAAUUUCGUUCGGAGAGUGAAUGAUAUUUUUGGGACCGAAUAUUUAAGACGGCCCAAUGCUGGGGACAUUCGUCGCUUACUUCAAACGGGGGAGGUGCGUGAUUUUCUAGUCAUGUUGGGAAGCAUUGAUUGUAUGCACUGGGAAUGGAAAAAUUGCCCAGUUGCAUGGAAAGACCAAUUCACGCGAGGUGAUCACGGCAGACAAACAAUCAUGCUUGAAGUAGUUGCAUCACAAGAUCUUUGGAUAUGGCAUGCAUUUUUUGGUGUUCCAGGAUCCAAUAAUGAUCUCUACGUGUUAAAUCAAUCCCCAUUAUUCACUGAUAUCUUACAAGGGCAAGCUCCGAGAGUUGAAUUUAUGAUAAAUGACACACAAUACAACAAGGGUUACUAUCUAACAGAUGGUAUCUAUACAGAGUGGGGUACAUUUGUUAAAACUAUCCCACUGCCUCAAGGAGGGAAAAGAAAAUUAUUUGCCCAAUGCCAAGAAGCGAUACACAAAGAUGUUGAGCGAGCAUUCGGAGUACUUCAAUCUCGUUUUGCUAUUGCACGAGGACCAACACAUUUUUGA